AUGCCUCCACAAAAGACGGAACUACGGAAAUGGAAACCUCCAAAGGGUCCUAAAAAUACCCCUCACAAGAACAAAAAUACCGCAGGUUUGGGAAGAACUUUAGAGAAUGCUAAAGUGAAAAAGAACCAGGGAUAUUACUUACCAACCGGUGAAUUACAGUUUACCACUGAUAGACCUGAACCCAGCUUUGUGAAAUUACAGUCUGUGACACAAGAGAACCCAUUGGAUGAGUUUUUAAAUACGGCAGAACUACAGGAUAAAGAAUUUACUGCAGAUAGGCAAGCUGGAAUCAAGAUUGUUAGAGUGGCCAAUCAACCUAUUGAAAAUAGUAACUACAAUCCUUAUCUUUUAACCUCAAAUGAGGAAUCUGCGAAAUUCAAGCUUCAGGAAGAGCAUCGGAGUGAGUUGACUGUUCCCAGAAGACCAGCAUGGGAUGAAAAUACUACUAAACUUGAACUUGAUCGGAACGAAAAGAUUGCUUUCUUAGAAUGGAGAAGACAGUUAGCCAUGCUUCAGCAGAAUAACGAUUUACUUUUAACACCAUUCGAGAGAAAUUUGAACCUUUGGAAACAAUUAUGGCGUGUUAUAGAAAGCUCUGACUUGGUUGUUCAGAUUGUCGAUGCCAGAGAUCCUCUUCUUUUCAGAUCUGGUGAUUUGGUAAAAUACGUUAAGGAAUUAGACUCUAGGAAGUGUAAUUUAUUAUUGGUGAACAAAGCAGAUUUGCUUACAUUCAAUCAAAGAUUAUCUUGGGCGAGAUAUUUCAGAAAACAUAACAUAAAAUUCACAUUCUUCAGCGCUGUCAGGGCCAACGAGAUUCUAGAGAAGCAGCGAGAAGAGGAGGAGAAGAGAGCGCUAAGUAAAGAGGAGGAGGAAGAGGAGGAGGAAGAGGAAGAUGAUGAACAAGAUUUGGAUGAGGUCCUCAACGAGGACGAGAAGGCUGAGAUGGCUGAAUUGAAGCAACAACUUGCAGAACUUGAUGAUCACUUGGACAGUCUUAAUAUAGAGAAUGAAGAAGCUAGCGAGAUGACAGAUAAGAUUCUUAAGCAAAUGACAAAGAUUUUAACUGUCGACGAACUUGAAGACUUAUUUCUCAGCGAGGUCUCUGCUCCUUUAAUAGAACCUUUACCAGGACAACCUAAGCGGGUUCAAAUCGGUCUUGUUGGAUAUCCCAACGUCGGUAAAUCGUCCACCAUUAAUGCUCUUGUGGGAUCUAAAAAGGUCUCCGUUUCGGCAACUCCUGGUAAGACCAAGCAUUAUCAAACGAUUCUUCUCUCGGAAAAAGUGAUUCUUUGUGACUGUCCAGGUUUGGUUUUUCCCAACUUUGCUUACACCAAUGCUGAAUUGGUCUGUAAUGGUGUGCUUCCUAUUGAUCAAUUACGGGAAAGUACAGGUCCUACUGAGUUAGUGUGCCGUAGGAUUCCUAAGUACUUCUUAGAAGCCGUCUAUGGUAUUAAAGUUGUUACGAAGCCUUUGGAGGAAGGUGGAUCAGGCAUUCCCUCGGCUGGAGAACUUUUGGGUGCCUAUGCAAGGGCUCGUGGUUAUAUGACUUCCGGAAAUGGCUCUGCUGAUGAAAGCAGAGCUGCUAGAUACAUUUUGAAAGACUAUGUCAGCGGUAAAAUUCUCUACGUGCAGCCUCCACCACACAACGAUGGAUCUAGAGCUACACAGGACGAGUCUAGGGCUUUCAAUAACGAGCUUUAUACUUUGGAGCAUCUUCCAGCACAGAGGAGGCAACUGCUGAUUUCUGCAAUUACAGAUAAGGGACUCUCUACGAGCGAUUUCGAUUUGUCCAAGGAUAUGGAUACUAUUACCCUUGCCACAUCCUCUAAUGACGAGUCUCAGUUACCUAUCCGGCUAACCCAAAAGCAAAGAUUAGAGCAGCAGACUGUCUCACAAGAGUUGGAUAGUGACUUCUUCAAGAUGAAUAAUGUCAGAGGGGUACUAGAUAGUCCAUUUCAUCAAAAAACGCUUCUGAAGAAUAAGAGGCAUAAUAAGAUGAACAGGAAGGCCAAGAAGAAAGGAACGGUUUGA